UUAAAAAUUAGUAAAAAUGUCUAAAAUCCCCAAACUAAAGAUGGCAGUGUCUUAUAGAGGCAGCAAUGUCUACAGAAAGCAAGGUAGUUUGAUGGAGAAGCUUAAGAAAUACAGGAGAGGCAUGAUCUUCGACCAAAUGAACUACGAUGAAACAAGGUACUGAGUGAAGAAAAGGGAACUAAAAUACGCAAGAAAGAAUGGAAAUGAUAAUCAAAAUCUCUACCGUAGAGAGACCAAAAAGUUGGUAAACCCCAAGAUGAACCACUCAAAGACGAUGUCUACUCUCCAGAAACUCAUGGCUGGGAGAUCCAAGAUCAAUGUGGAUAGUAAGACUAAUAUUUCUAGAAGGGUCGAGAAGCCACUUAUUUCUAAGAACAUAAAUGCUCCUACAAGGGAGUUAAAGAGGAAAAAGACCUGUACAACGGAAGUUAUCGAGAUUUUCUCAGAGGAACUUGUUGUCAAAGGAACCCAGAUUAAGAGAGAAAUCAAGAAAGAUGACACUGCUGAUACUAUUAAGUCUUCCACCUCACUGAAAAAAACGGAAGAGGGGCUAAGCCUCUCUCCAAAUGUGCGUUUAUGCAAAGAUUAUGGGAAAAGAAUUGUUGAAAAUCUACAUAAAGAAGACCAAACUUUGCGCUUAAGUAAAUUUUUGGAUAAGCACAAGGAAUUUACUCCAAGAGUACGAGCAAGAAUGGUUGACUGGUUUGUUGAAAUCGUAUGCAACUUCGGAUGUAGUAUGAACACCUUCUACCUAGCUGUAAGGAUUAUGGACCAGUAUUUCAAUGCAUAUAAGGGACAUCUCUCUUUGAGAAAUCUUCAUUUGAUUGGAGUCACUUCUAUUUUUAUCGCUUCUAAAAUGGAAGAUAUUGUCCCAUUCAGUCUGAGGAUCAUACAUGAGAAGAUAGCACAUCAGAAUUUAUCCAAAGGUUCGAUACUUAACAGAGAGAAAGAAAUUUUUGACACGCUCUACUUUAAUGUCAACUUUCCCACUGUUAGUAACUUCACCAACAUAUUUUUAGUCCAUGUUUUUGAAGGAGAGGGACAUGAAGACUACCCUGCGGCUUAUCAGCUAGUUGAUUAUGUAUCUAAGAUCACUCAGUAUGAAUACUCAGUUGUUACUGGGAGUCAGAGUAUUCUCUCAGGAGCAAUUCUGUAUCUCUCCUUCACCAUUCUGCAGAAAAUUAUCAAUAAGAAGUGAAUAAAUAAGAGCUUCAUGAGAGAAUUGGUGUCCUUCUUCAACAUCAGGGAGAAUUCAAUUCUUUCAGUUGCUAAAGACUUAUUAUGCCUUAUCCAGAACUUUGAUUCGAGGCAUCAGGGUCUCAACAACAUGAAGAGCGUGCAGUUUAAAUCCCUUAGUAGAUUUAUCAAAUAA